AUGUCCGAUGCAAGUCAAGAUGCAGAAUACACCAACUCGGAAUCCUCAGACUCCCCACGUCCAAAUCGCUGGAACGGCCCGCCUACUACAUGGCUCAGCAUCACCGAGUCAGAACGCGCUUUUGCGGCUUCGCUUGACCAGCUGAGAAAUCGUGAUUUGAGUGUCCAUUUGUAUAAUGCUCAUGCGUUGAAGAAACGGGCGAGGAGCUUGGAGAGGAGGGGGAGGGAGGGGAUUUUGGUUGAUGAUCCACUUGCCCCAGAUGCUGAGGAUCCUUUUGUGCCGCCGAAGGUGUGGACGGCGUGGCCGAUGUCGCCUGAUGAGGUGCCUAGGACUGGGGAGAGGGUUGGGGAGGAGGAUGUUGAUGAGGUGUUUACUUUUAAGAGGAGGGAGAGGGAGGUGCCGAGUCGGGAGCUGGAGGAUGUACUUACGGGGUUUGCGUUGAGGGAUGCUAGGGCGAGGUUUGAGGGGAGGGGGAGUGAGGGUGAUGUUGAGAUGUGUGGGGAAGCGAUGGUGGAUGAUGGGGAUGAGUCGGAUUCUGAAUCUGAAGAUCGUGGGUGUGAGGAAGAGGAGGGUGAAGAUGAGGAGAAUCCUGAUAUGGAAGAGGAGUUCAAAUCAGAGGCCGAAGAAGAGUUCGUACCUGUUGUAUCCCUAGACGACGACCAAUCCGCCGAAAUCCUCAGACCAAACAUCCGCCACACCCUCUCCAAACUCGACGAAAUCCUCACAGCUCUCCACCACGCCCGCGUCAGCUGUCGUCGUUACUCGUCACCCACAGAAGCAGACGGCCUUGACGAUCUCCAAGAAGCCAGUGACCAACAACCGCCCGAAAAGAAACCCGUCGGUCGUCCACGGAAAUUUCAAAACCUAACCCACCGCUCAAGAAAUCCCGCUCAGGGACUCAACGUCGAAGACAACGCAGUAGACGAUCUCCGCCGUAGCAAAUCAACCAACCGAGGCCGUCCACCAAAACAAUACCCCCGUCUCGAAGGCGAAUCAGCCCAAGAAUACCACGUACGCAUUGCAAGAUUGCAGAAGAAGCCAUUACCGCCUUUUGCGCCGCCUUUGCCCGUCAAAGAACCAGAACUGGAAGAUGAGAAGCCAGUCAAGAAAGAGGCUGCGCCGCGGAGCAAGAAAGACGUGGAGGACCUGGCCCAUCGACGGGCAUCCAAAUUAGAAUUAAGGGAUUGGAGUGAAGUCCUAGGAACAGCUGCGCUAGUGGGGUUUUCACCGGCCGUCAUCGCACGAGCUACGCAACGAUGUGCUAAUAUAUUUGGAGAGGGCAUGGUGUUGAAAUCUAUUCCCGAAGUUCCAUUUGGCGACGAUCCAUCAUCAUUUGACACUAUCUAUCAAGCUGAGGAAAUCCCAGAUCACACAUCCCAAAUCCCUGAAGAAGAAUCUCAACCUCCGAGUGUUUAUGGUGGGAUGUAUACCUGCCCACUUGAGGAUUGUACGGCCAGUUUCGAGACGAAGAGGCAGGUGAAUAGGCAUAUGAAAAGGAGGCAUGGGAUGGGGGAUGAGGAGAUUGAGAAGUACGAUGUGCCUAGUGAUUUGGAAAUGGAGGGCGCGGUACACGUUGAUAGGUUCUUGAGACCUUCGAGACGAUAUGUGCGUGGCCCGGAUAAAAGGAAGAGGAAGAGGAGGGGGACCGGUGAGGGUGAGGGGGGUAGGGGAGAGGCAGAGGAUGAGGAUGAGGAGGUAGGAAGCGGUCUUGACGGCGAGGGGACUGUGAAGUCAUGA